AAAUGGAAAGCAGGGCUGAGUUUAAGAUGAAAAUGUGAGAGGAGCAGCAUGCUUUCACCAGCUCACAGACACAGAGGGAACUACUGCAGAAAUCUGAUUUCACUGACGCUGGAGGACAGGGAUCUAAAAUUGGUUCGCCGUUUUUAGCCUCCGCUGUUUGUCCAGCCUGCAGCUUCGGGCUCGACUCCGUGAGAAGCAGAAGCGUAACUUCAGUGCACGGACGCUGGUGUUCCGCUACAGGCCCGUGUGAACCUGAUCUGAUCUGGGACCGAGCUAAUUCCUGCAACAGAACAAGAAGCGGGCAGCCGCCGGAGGUCCGUGUGUGCAGCUGCUCGGUCUGUCUGCAGCCCCGGUGUCAGCUUGAGUGUGCGGCCGCCUGGUGAGACGUGAGGACCGGGGACGACGCGCUGCCAUGGACCGCGGAUCUGCUACACUGGAGCGCUACAAGGCGGCCAUGUUGCUGAGUGGCGUCGGUGAUGCUCUGGGAUACAGGAAUCAGCUGUGGGAGUACAACGAGUCAGGACCAGCUAUUCAUCAGGAGCUGAAGGAGCUCGGCGGUCUGAAGAACAUCAGGGUAGAGCUCCCUGAUUGGCCCGUGAGCGACGACACAGUUCUGCAUCUGGCGACGGCUGAAGGGCUGGCAACUGGGAAGGGUGGAGAGGAGCUCCUGCACGAGGUGGCCGCUCGAUACGUGGAGGGGAUGAAAGACAUGGACGGGAGGAAGCCGGGGCCUUCGAGCAUUCUGGGAGUCUCCCAGCUGAAGCCUGGAGAGGAUGGGGGCUGCAGAGUGCCCUAUAACCCCGAGGGGACAGGCUGCGGAGCGGCCAUGAGGUCCAUGUGCAUUGGCCUCAGGUAUCCGAAGCCCGACCAGCUCUUGCAGUUGGUGGCAGUUGCCGUGGAAACGGGCCGGAUGACCCACCCUCACCCCACGGGCUUCCUGGGCGCGGUAGCAUCGGCCCUUUUUACAGCGUACGCCGUCCAGCGCAGGCCGAUGACGACGUGGGGUCUGGGCCUGAUCAACGAGGCCUGUCCGAUAGCAAAGUGCUUCGUUCAGGGUCGAGGCUUCGCCGUGGAGGAGACGGAGAGGGACUGGGGCUACUUCUGUGACAAGUGGCAGUGGUAUCUGGAUCAGAGGGGCAUCUCUAACGGGAAGGGCCCCGCGGUGUGGCCCUCCGCCUACGGCCCAGCUGAGCGAGACGAAGCCUACAAGAGCUUCAGCCUGUCAGGCUGGGCGGGACGCAGCGGCCACGACGCUCCAAUGAUAGCGCUGGACGCCCUGCUGGGGGCGGGUUCAGACUGGGAGGAGCUGAUGAGCAGAGCGGGCUUUCAUGGAGGCGACAGUGACAGCACAGCCGUGAUUGCCUGCUGCUGCUGGGGUCUCCUCUACGGCACCCAGGGGGUCCCUGAAGGCAACUACUCCAAUUUGGAGUACCGGGACCGACUGGAGCGCAGUGCGGAGCAGCUCUACGCCCUGUCACACUGAGAGGGCCGCCACAGACUGCUGGACUGACAGUUUACCAGCAGCUUGCGCCGAGCGAAAAACUAGGCCAUGCACUCUGACACGUUGACGCAGAGCCGGUUGACGUGCUCGGUGGCACAUCAAUCCAGAGUGCUGUCACAUAAACAAAGUGUGGUGUCAUACUUGCCUGAAGGUGAAGCAGAGUGCCCCACUAACCCAGAGAGGAGCCAUUCUGUCACAUCAAGGUCUCCUACCUCAUGAUAGGGCUCUGUGACUGGUGUAUUAAGAGGUCUCCCCCUAGUGACCGUUUUAGAUUAACAUUCACAGUUGUAGCACUAAGUGGAACAAAUCCAAACUAAUGAGAAUGUGAAGAGGAUACAAAAAGUCCCCUAGGAGGUAAUUACUUUGUUUUGUCAGGCUGACAUAAUAGCAAAUGCUUAGCAAGCUUCAAAUUAAAUGCACUCUUGUUAUCGUCUAAUGAAAAAUACAUCUCUGCGUCUCAUUACAGUUAACUGUUAACGUCACGCAGCGGGGAGCAAAACUGUAACUGCGGAGAAGCACAAUUAAUGAUACAAUAAAUUAUACCAACAAAGCUUUGUAGUUGAGUUGAAAACUUUAUUUUUUGGUCAUUGUUGUUUUAAUAUUUUUUUUGUCUUGUCCAUUUCUUUUUUUUUUAUUAUUAAUUAUACUUUUCUACUGGAGAGAAGAAGGGCAAAGGGGUGGUUUGAACUACUGGAUUGAGUUAAAAAAAAAAAAAAAAAUUU